UUCAUGAUUCCCCGAUUCAAACCUUUGAGCGAGUUUGUGUGGAUCCACAGCAUCGUACCUAGACUUUUCACCGAGACAAACUACAUUUUCUUAUGAAUGGAAAGUGAAAAAAUCAGUUGAGCUUAAAUUGGGAUCCAUCCUUCACUCAGAUCAUAGAAAACAAAAAAGCAGGGGAGAGAGAGAGAGAGAGUUUGCGCCAGAAGACAUGACCAUGUCUACAAUACCAGAGAGUCUAAACAGCCCCGUCUCAGGAAAGAACGUGUUCAUGGAAUUUGGGCCACCGAGUCAGCAAAUGUCGCCUUCAUCUAUGACCCACGGACAUUAUUCAAUGCACUGUUUACACUCCUCCGGACACCCGCAGCACGACAGCGCCUACAGCCCGGCUCCGUCCUUCCCCAGAUCCCUGCCUUAUCCAUACGUCAACUCGGUCGGUAGCCAUUCCACGAGUCCGUACCUCAGCACCGUGCAGACCUACCCAAACAACGCCGCCUUGGCUCAGACGAGGUUAGAGGACCCAGCACCGGAGUCGGAAAAAAACACAGUGGUGGAAGGAGGAGAGGUUCGCUUUAACGGGAAGGGCAAAAAGAUCCGCAAACCUCGGACCAUCUACUCCAGUCUCCAGCUGCAGGCUCUGAACAGGAGGUUCCAGCAGACUCAGUAUCUGGCGUUGCCGGAGAGAGCCGAGCUCGCCGCAUCGCUGGGGCUCACACAAACACAGGUGAAGAUCUGGUUUCAGAACAAGCGGUCCAAGUUUAAGAAACUGAUGAAACAAGGCGGAGGAACAAUAGACUCAACCGCUCUGGCCAACGCUCUCUCCGCCGGAUCUCCGUCCGUAGCGCCCGUUUGGAAUUCCACGGCCACCGUCAAAACAUCCACGCCGACCUCUUAUAUUCCCAGUUACACCUCGUGGUAUCCGACAGCACACCAGGACACUAUGCAGCAGCCGCAACUCAUGUGAACCAGGACUGCUACAACAACCCCGCCCAUCUAUUCACCAAUGGCCCAGUCCAGGGGACCCGCCACAGGCCGGUCACUCUGCGAGUCUGCGGCCUUUUACACAACCCGGACAGCCCAGACCAGACGUGACCCGGCGGGGACACUCGCAAAGACACCUGCUAACACACAGCCUGGGUCAGGGUGAACUGAAAGAGGGUCGUCUGCAACGGAGAAGAAUGAUGAUGACUCUUUUUAAAUGAAGGCAAUGCCGGGAAAGUGGGUCAAAUCAAAGCUGCUACUCUCCCAUUUUCCGCGACCUUUUGUUGUGUAAAAAACAUGAAACUGUAAGAAAAUUAUUUAAUGCUUUUUCUUUAAACUUGUAAUUUGGAAUCGACGGCCUGUCCCUAGCACAAGAGUGCUGGUUGUGAUUAUGGGCUACGACAGCGUCAUCGACAUCACACCGAAUUGCGCCAAAUGCUGGUGCAUAUUGUGGCUUGAGGCUUUGCCAUGGCUCGGUGAAUGAGUUAGAAAUGGGAUAAAUCACAAACACGAACGUCUCACGAUUUUCCCCAUUUUAAAGGGAACAGAGAAAUCUUUAAAAAAAUAUUUUGGAUGUAUGGCUCUUUGUGUUAAUUUAAAUAUAACUUAUUUAGACUUGUUUGUCUGUUUGUAUGUUUAUUUAAAAUAAAUGUUCAUUAAAUUAUGAUUAUAAAGCUGCACUAUAUAGAAGAAACACUUCCCAAAUUUGAACCCAUCAGUUUGUAAACCCGAGCGUUUUUGAAUGAUAUACAGACAGAGGCACGCGGUACAGAUAAACGCGUCUAUCAUCACCGUUAGAUGGGAAGUGUUGACAGCUCUAAUGUACAGAAAUAGUCGUUUCGUUGUGUGCUGAAUAAUUUGUGCAAAGGGGUCUAAACAUGAUUGUGUUUAUUAAAAUUCAUGUGUCUUUUCAUUUUAUAUUGGAACAAUUCA